AUGCCCGCUAUGAGCACGGACGUCAAACGCAUUAUCACGUUCUGGUUCAACCGCUCACCUGUUGAAUGGAUAGCUGGCCCCAGAGGCAUCGAUGACCAGAUAAGAUCCGAAUUCGGUGACCUCGUCCUCAAAGCCCGUCAGAACAAGCUCGAUGACUGGGAAAUGGAACCCGAAACAUGUCUUGCCCUCGUCGUUUUACUUGAUCAGUUCUCCCGCAACAUAUUCCGGGGUUCCCCCGACGCCUUUAGCGCCGACUCAAAGUCCCAUGAGCUAGCUACUAGGGCCAUCAUAUGUGGUUUUGAUAAGGAUGUCACCGUCAUCCAGGCUUCAGCUUUCUAUCUACCGCUUUUACAUCAGGAGAGCUUGAUCUCGCUCGUGGCUGCUCGCUCUCUGUUUGAGAACCUGAGGCAACGAUGCGUAAAUAGGGAAGAGGAAAAAUGGGUCGAUAUGGGUAUCGAUAUUGUGAAUGAGAAUAUCCGCCAUAUGCAGAAAUUUGGAAGAUAUCCAAGCAGAAAUUUAGCCUUGGGCCGAACAAAUACCGAAGCAGAGGAGGAGCACCUCGAGCAGCAGGCGAACCGGGAAUGA